UCUGUUCCCAGCACAUCGCUCUCCCACCGGCAACCAUGUCCUGCUGCUCCUACAGCAACAGCUCCGUCCGUGCUGUCAGAAGUUUCAGCUCUUCCUCUGUGGUUCUUCCCAGAAAUCGAGAUAACUUCAGCACUACCUCGUGUCGCUGGCGUGGUGGCAUGGGCUACCGUGGUUUGGGCUACUUCGGCAGUAGAAGUCUUGAUGGCAUGGUAUGUUCCAAGCCCAGAAAAGCUGUUGGAAGACAUCCUCCAGUGAGACGUGGAUAUGGCUUUGGUGCACUUGGCAUGAGGUUCUGCUGUAGAGGUGUGGGCUUUGGCUACAGGGUUGGUGGAGCCUCCAAGCUGUGCAACAUCACACCCAUCACCAUCAACGAGCAAUUGCUCCAACCGCUCAAACUGGAACUUGAUCCCAACAUGCAAAAGGUGAAGUACCAAGAGAAAGAGCAGAUCAAGACCCUCAACAACAAGUUUGCUUCUUUCAUUGAGAAGGUUCGACUCCUGGAACAGCAGAACAAGGUACUGGAGACCAAGUGGAGCUUCCUGCAGGGUCAAGACCACUGCAAGAAGACCACCAAGCCUGUGUUAGAGGCUCACAUCAACAACUUGAAGAAGCAGCUGGAAGCACUGAGGUGCAACAGAGCCCGGUUAGAAACAGACCUGAAAGCAGCACAGCAGCUUUUGGAGACCAACAAGAAAAUGUACAAGAACGAACGCAGCCAACAGAUGCGCUCCAGGAGUGAGUAUAGUGCCCUGAAGAAGGACAUGGACUGUUUUUUCUUAAGCAAUGCAAAGCUGAAGACCAAAGUGGAAAGCCUGAAAGAAGAGGUUGAAUUCCUGAGAACGUUCUACAAAGAGGAAACCCACCAGCUGCAAGCCCAGAUCUCAGAUACUUCAGUGGUCGUGCAGAUGGACAAUAGCCAAGAUGUCAACUUCAAUGGCAUCGUUGCAGAUGUCAAGGCUCAAUACGAGGACAUCGCCCGCAGGAGCUGGGCAGAAGCGCAGGCCUGGUAUGAAAGCAAGUUUGAGGAGCUGCGAGUCGCUGCAGGCAGGAAUGCUGACAGCCUGCGAGAGGCAAAAACCAAGAUAGCUGAGCUGACACGGAUGGUCCAGAGACGGAACGGAGAAGUCAGGAGUGCCCAGGAGCAGCGCUGCAAGCUGGAAGCUGCGGUGGCCGACGCUGAGCAGCGUGGGAAAACAGCCAUGGAGGAUGCAAAGCACAAACUCUCUGAGCUGGACACAGCCCUGCAGCAGACAAAGGCAGACCUUACCCAACAGCUCCACAAGUACCAGGAGCUCAUGAACAUCAAGCUGGCCCUGGGCAUGGAGAUCGUCACCUAUAGGCAGUUGCUGGAAGGAGAGGAGAGCAGGUGA